AUGGCGGGCAAGAAGGAGAGCGCGCUCGACCUCGCACGAUUCAUUGAUAAGGGCGUGCGCGUCAAGCUAGCCGGUGGCCGCGAAGUUUCUGGAAUCCUAAAGGGCUACGACCAGCUGCUGAACGUGGUGCUAGACGACGCAGUGGAGUACUUGAGAGAUCCCGAGGACCCGAUGCGGGUCACAGACCAGACACGGACGCUCGGGCUCGUGGUCUGCCGCGGCACCGCGGUGACGCUGGUGGCGCCCACCGCCGGGAUGGAGGAGAUCGCCAACCCGUUCCUGCAGGCGGCGGAGGACGGCAGCUGA